AUGUGCGGUAAUGACGAGGAGAGCUCCAGCCACUUGUUUCUACAGUGUCCGAUUGCCCGCGGUUGUUGGUUUGUGCACCUAGGGAUACGGGUGGGAGCUGAGUUAGAGAUUAUGGAAUUCAUGCGAACUAUGCUUAGGGAGCAUGAUAGUUGGGUCAUUGCGCAAGUGCAAACUCUACUGUAUUGUCUGUGGGAGGCGCGGAACAAAUUGCUAUUUGAGGAGAGGAGGGCGGAUUGCCAGACGGUGCUUGAUCGGGUGGCUGUGUUAGGGGAACCAACGACGCAAGCAAGGGGAGACAACCAGCACGAGAAGACGGGGAUAGGGACGUGGUGUCGACCAGCCGCGAAUGUCAUCAAGGUGAAUGUGGAUGCUUCCCUUGGUACUGAUAUGUUUGCUGGGUUUGGUAUGGUAGCUCGAGAUGACCAUGGUGAGAUUUUGGCAGCAGCUUCUUCAUAUCCGACGGUAGCAGCAUCAGCGACCGAGGCGGAGGCCCUUUGUCUCCGUUGGGCUAUGGUUUUGUCCUCAGAGUUAGGGUUCAGGCGUGUUCAGUUCGAGACAGAUAGCUUACAGUUAUUCCAUGCCUGGAAUAGGGAUGUUGGCAGGUCUCUUUUGUUUACUGUUGUUCAAGACUGUAAGGGUCUUUUGAAUUUGUUUGAUUAUGUUGCUUUAUCUUUCGUUCGUAGACAGGGAAACUUUUGUGCUGAUUUUAUGGCUCUACCCUCUCAGAUGUUGUUUGGAUAG